CAAUCUCACUGGCAAAAAACGCGCGGAGGAACCACAAACCCCAGAAGCCCUCGCGCCCACCCUUCUCCCUCCCUCUCUCGGAGCCGAGUGCUGUUUUUGUUGUUGGUGAAAGGUGAGGGGACAGCUGAUCCGUCGGUGGGGAGGGCAGCCAUCUCAGGGCCAGAAUGGAAGAAUCAUCGCUAAGCCGGGCACCAUCCCGGGGUGGAGUCAACUUUCUGAAUGUGGCCCGGACCUACAUUCCCAACACCAAGGUGGAGUGUCACUACACGCUCCCCCCAGGCACUGUGCCCAGUGCCAGCGACUGGAUUGGCAUCUUCAAGGUGGAGGCUGCCUGUGUCCGGGAUUACCACACGUUUGUGUGGUCUUCGGUGCCUGAAAGUGUAACUGAUGGUUCCCCCAUCCAUGCCAGUGUCCAGUUCCAAGCCAGCUACCUGCCCAAACCCGGAGCCCAGCUCUACCAGUUCCGGUACGUGAACCGCCAGGGCCGGGUGUGUGGGCAGAGCCCCCCUUUCCAGUUCCGAGAGCCACGGCCCAUGGAUGAACUGGUGACCCUGGAGGAGACUGACGGCGGCUCUGACAUCCUGCUGGUUGUUCCCAAGGCAACUGUGCUGCAGAACCAGCUGGAUGAGAGCCAGCAAGAGAGGAAUGACCUGAUGCAGCUGAAGCUGCAGCUGGAGGGGCAGGUGACAGAGCUGAGGAGCCGAGUACAGGAGCUCGAGACGGCUCUGGCGUCCGCCAGGCAGGAGCACGUGGCACUGGAGGAGCAGUACAAGGGGCUUUCCCGGUCCCACGGGGAGCUCACGGAAGAGAGGGACAUCCUGAGCCGGCAACAGGGAGACCACGUGGCCCGCAUCCUGGAGCUGGAAGAUGACAUCCAGACUAUCAGUGAGAAGGUGCUGACGAAAGAGGUGGAGCUGGACAGGGUUAGAGACACGGUGAAGGCCCUGACUCGGGAACAAGAGAAGCUCCUCGGGCAGCUGAAGGAAGUGCAGGCAGACAAGGAGCAAAGCGAGGCUGAGCUCCAGGUGGCACAGCAGGAGAACUGUCGCUUGAAUUUGGAGCUGCAGGAGGCCAGGGGCCGGCAGGAGGAGCAGAGUGCUCAGGCCCAGCGACUGAAGGACAAGAUGGCCCAGAUGAAGGACACCCUCGGCCAGGCCCAGCAGCGGGUGGCUGAGCUGGAGCCCCUGAAGGAGCAGCUUCGAGGGGCCCAGGAGCUUGCAGCCUCGAGCCAGCAGAAAGCCGCCCUUCUUGGGGAGGAGCUGGCCAGCGCAGCGGGAGCCAGGGACCGCACCAUAGCCGAGCUGCACCGCAGCCGCCUGGAAGUGGCUGGAGUCAACGGCAGGCUGGCUGAGCUCAGUCUGCACUUGAAGGAGGAAAAAAGCCAGUGGAGCAAGGAGCGGGCGGGGCUGCUGCAGAGCGUGGAGGCCGAGAAGGACAAGAUCCUAAAGCUGAGUGCAGAGAUACUUCGACUGGAAAAGGCAGUACAGGAGGAGAAGACCCAGAACCAAGUGUUCAAGACUGAACUGGCCCAGGAAAAGGACUCUAGCCUGGUGCAGUUGUCAGAGAGUAGGCGGGAGCUGGUGGAGCUGCGGUCAGCCCUGCGCGUGCUCCAGAAGGAAAAGGAGCAGCUCCAGGAGGAGAAGCAGGAACUGCUAGAGUACAUGAGAAAGCUGGAGGCCCGCCUGGAGAAGGUGGCAGACGAGAAGUGGAAUGAGGACCUUGCCACAGAGGACGAGGAGGCCGCUGCGGGGCUGCGCUGCCCAGUGGCUCUGACAGACUCAGAGGAUGAGUCUCCAGAAGACAUGAGGCUCCCGCCCUACAGUCUGUGUGAGCGUGGAGACCUGGGCUCCUCCCCUGCCACAGGGCCACGAGAGGCUUCUCCCCUAGUCGUCAUCAGCCAGCCAGCUCCCAUCGCUCCCCACCUCUCAGGACCAGCUGAGGGCAGUAGCUCUGACUCUGAGGCUGAAGAUGAGAAGUCAGUCCUGAUGGCAGCUGUGCAGAGUGGUGGUGAGGAGGCCAACCUGCUACUUCCGGAACUGGGCAAUGCCUUCUAUGACAUGGCCAGUGGCUUUGCGGCGGGUCCCUUGUCAGAGGCCAGCACUGGGGGCCCUACCACCCCCCCAUGGAAGGAGUGUCCUAUUUGUAAGGAACGCUUCCCAGCCGAGAGUGAUAAGGAUGCCCUGGAGGACCACGUGGAUGGACACUUCUUUUUCAGCACCCAGGACCCCUUCACCUUUGAAUGAUCCCACCCCCGCGCCCCCAGUACACACACGAAUACACACUUACACACAUGCACACACUCAUAGACAUACACUUAGGUUUCAUGCCUCUUUUCCAACACACUCAGCUCCAUGAUAUUCUGUUGCCUGAGACCCGCUCCUGUGUGAUUUCAUCCCAAGCUCUCCAGCUUCAUCCUCUGCUACCUGGCUCUUCUGUCCAGGCAGGGGUUCCUUCUUGGAAGCAGUGGCUGAAUUUACUCCCUGAAAGUGGUUUGGAGGAACCUGGAUGGAGGAGGCCUUCUCCAGGGGGAAUCAUCACCCCCUCCUGGCCCUGGUUGCUUCUGUCACUCACACCAGCCACUACACCACCACCACCACCGCCACACACACACACACACACACACACACACACACACACUCACACACUCACACUCUCUGGUGCCCCGAAGCCAAUUCCUGGGGCACCCCACCCUCUCUUGUUUGGGGUGUGUGUUUGUUUACCUGAGUUUUCCCUGGGGCCUGGAUUGACAUCAUGACCUCUUUAGGUCUCUACCAGUUCUGAACUUCCCUGGUUCCUCCUUCUUUUGCCCCACUGCCUUCCAUACCCCAGCCCAGCCUUUUCUAUACCAUUAGAUAUUAAGUUUGGAUGUUUCUUUUGUAUUUUUGAGGUUUUCUGUACUCUAUCUCCUGUCCCUCCCUACCACCACCCCCCAGGGUCCUCACAUGGAAAGAAAUGAUGCGUUUGUGCCUUCUGUGAGGGAUGGGAGAACAAAUGGUCCCAGGUGUCCCCACUUGCCAGCCCUCCCUCCCUCUCCAGGUGCCCCCUCAGCAAUAAGAGCUUCCCCCCUGCCAUAUCCCUCUCCCUACCUGUAGCUGGACAAAUAUAUUUAUAUGAUAUGUAUAACUAUUCUAAUAAAAUGUGUUCUUAUCAUGA